AUGUCCCAAGACCAGAAGUCCCUCAUCAACUCAAAUUCUCAAGGAGCUGGCGUACGCUUGGAUCGGCUCGAGGAAGUAUUAAUGCGCCUGAAAGCCCAGCUUACUGCAGUUACCACUAACGGCCCGCGGCGAACACCAAACCGUCGACCUUCUUCCCCCGUUUCCCACACCCGCCGUCCACAAUCUCCAAGUAGCGUCUGCUGGUAUCACCAACAAUUUGGAGGAGCAGCUCGACGAUGUCUUCAGCCAUGCUCUUUCAAGGCAUCUCUAACGGCCUCAGGGAGACGAUUCCACCCGACAGUAGAGUCCACUGCUGCUGGAAGCGUUGCCAAUCUCCACACUCGCCGUUUGUUCCUCUGGGAACGUAUCGCUGGCGCCAAAUUCCUUGUCGACUCUGGUGCCGAGGUUAGCGUGGUUCCACCAACUCCGGCUGAACGUAAAACCCGCAGCUGUUUCUGCCUAACAGCUGCAAACAACUCCAGCAUCUCCACCUUUGGACAGCGCUCCAUCACACUUGAUUUGGGCCUUCGUUGA